AUGCAAUUUAAAUUGCUUUCUUAAAAUCGAGUCCAAACAUAACCUACCUAUAUUCAUUCUCUUGAUGAUAAAUCGUUUAUAGUGAGUUAUUCUGAUAAAACCUUCGAAGCUUAUACUGAAGCUAAAAGAUAUUCACUUAAAUAAAACUUUCCAUCUGCUCUAUGUGGUUAUAACAUUGGAUAAGACACGGUUUUAAUUUUGAACUUAAUAUUUGUAGUGUCUGUUAGGAUUAGAAAAUGGAAAUGGAUUAAUUGUUAGAAUCAGAAAUGAUAAGGCUGAAUUCAAUCUCUAAGAAUGGCGGGAGAAGCAAUACAAUCUUGCAUUUUCUAUGGCCAUUAUCUUUAUUGGUAUCAUCCAUAAUUUAUGAGGCAAAAUAAAUUAAUAACAGUACAUAGCUGUCCAUGAAGAUGGGACUUUACUCAUACUCGAAUAGUCUAAUGAACUUCAAUUCACUAAAUUUACUAAAAUUAAAUACAAAAUAAAUAUAGGCUAAGCAUAUUUUAAUCAAGACUUUGCCAUAAUUACUUCUGCCAAUCUUAUUUUCAAAUUUAAUACCAAUCAGAUUAGUAAUUACGCUCAUUAUGAACUUGAUAAAUUCAAAUAAUUAAGUAUGUCUUAACUCAAAUUAUUUGGAUAAACCAUUAAUUAAUAUGAUGAUGAUUAUUGGAAAUAAUAAUGCUAAAUCAAUGGAAUCAUCUAUAAAAUGCUUUAUCAUAACAAUUAAAUAUAUCUCAUCACUGAGAAGGGAUACUUUUAUACUUUGCUUCUUUAAACUAAUUCCUUUGAAAUUGAAAAAAUUGUAGAUCUUAGUUUUAAUAAACCAAUUUAAUUGAAUUUGAUUUCAGAUGACUCUCUACAUAUUUCAUUUCAAGGUUCCUAAUUAUUAAUGUACAAUUUAAAAAAUAAAGUAAUUUCAACACUAUUAUCGUAAAUUAUAAAUAAAUAUUUUAGAAUUAAAUAAGAUAAACAAUUGAUAGGAUCAAGAAUUGAAAAAUAAGAUGGUAAUUUUCUCAUUCUUGUUAUUUAUCGAAAUAAACCAUCUAAUUUCUUGGAAUUAUAUCCACCAAAAUUAUGCGAUGCUCAUGUUAAAUUGAUUUCUAGUAUAAAUUAUGCGGAAUGA